UACCCCCCCUCCAUUUCUAAAUCUAAUAGUUUCUUCUUUUCAGAUUCCAGCGCGAAACUUAGCCACUGAACUCGGUGGCGGCUCACCGUGUUUUCCUUGCCGGAAACGAGUACAGGAUCCAUGGGAGAACAGGAGCAACAACAAGAGCAGAAAGAGUUUACCGACGGAGGAAAGAGAAAGCUGGACGCUUUCGAACUCGCCAAACAGAGAGCUCAAGAAAUCGCCUCUCGAAUCGCCAAUGACGCUGACCAGAAACGCCCUCGGCUCGUCUCCGACAAUUCUUCAGAGCCUUCCUUAAUCUCGAAUUCCGUGUCUGUCUCGUCAUCUUUUUCUGUUCCCUUUUCUGCCCAACCAAGUCUUUAUCAUGGUUCACAAGGCAUAAGUAAGAAAAUCACAAUUCCUAAUGGCAAGGUUGGUGUGGUUAUAGGCAGAGGAGGAGAAACAAUAAAAUAUAUCCAAGUGCAGUCCGGGGCCAAAAUUCAAAUUACCAAGGAUCAAGAUGCUGAUCCCCAUUCUCUAACAAGGGAUGUAGAGUUGAUGGGUAGUUCAGAUCAAAUUAGCAGGGCAGAAGAACUUAUCAAUGAUGUGAUUGCUGAGACAGAUGCAGGGGGCUCUGCUUCAUCUGCAGUUCAUGGAUUGGAUACAAAGCAAACUGGAGGUGAACAGUUCGCGAUGAAAGUCCCAAAUGACAAGGUUGGAUUGCUUAUUGGCAAGAGUGGUGACACCAUAAAGUACAUGCAAAACAGAUCAGGGGCUCGUAUGCAGAUUAUUCCCCUCCACCUUCCUCCUGGUGACCCAUCAACAGAAAGAACGUUAUAUAUAAAUGGUUCCACAGAACAGAUUGAGGCAGCCAAAGAAUUGGUUAAUGAUGUAAUCAAUGGGAAACGUAUCAUAAAUCAGUCUGGAUCGAGUAGCUACCCACUGCCAGUUAAUCCUCCUAGUAAUUGGGCCCAGCCAGGACAACCUGUUAUGCAACAACAGCCCCAUUAUGGGUAUGCACAACCAGCAACUCAACCUAUGCCCUCUUCUUACUAUGGCAACUAUGCCCAGCAACAAUCUUGGGAUCAGUCAAACCCAUCAACAGUGUCUCAAAUGCCUCAGCAAAUGACUGGAUAUGGUUACUAUGGACAACCACCCCAAAUGGGAUCUGCUCCUAGCUAUAACUACAAUCAGAAGACUCAUGUUACAAGCAACACUUACGAUCACAGCUACAGUCAGCAGGCACCAAGUUAUGGGUCAGCUGCUGUGUCAUCUCAACCAGAUGGGGCAAUUCCUUCCCAAUCCACUCAAGCAGCCCCUGCAUACCCACCUCCUUAUAAUCAACCAGUGACCAACCCUCAAACAUACUGGACUCAACAACCACCCCAAACAGGAUAUGAUCAAACAGGGUACUCCCAAAUUGCUUAUGGAGGUCUACAACCAGUCCAGUUCAUGCCCUCAUCAACUCAGCCAGUUUAUGGACCAGGUGGUUAUCCUCUUGAGCCAUCUCCUGCAACUGCAAAUUCUGUUCAGGGGACACAUCCUCUUACUUACGGGCAGGCACAGGUGGAGACACAACCCCAGUCACAGCAGCCAAACAAUGGCCAUUCACAGUCAUUGGCUUAUGGUGCUGAAACUCAGGAUGGGAAUUCAAACUCUGCUGUGCAGGAACCAGUUGCUUCUCAAAGCUGAAUUCCAACGCAUUCAAAGGUGGCAGUUAGGUCCCUUUCUAAAGAUUAUUUGUUCCCAGCAUGAAAUUCCUCUUCGUUUGUAUACUACGAUGUUAUCAUGAGAGGGAACUGCAUUUCUGGGAUUAUAAUGGUGGAAAAUUUUGUCUGAUGUCUUAAUCAUUUGUAACGUUAAACUCUGCAGUCGAACUAGCUAUGUCAGUUUAAAGAUAGAGCUUUUGGAUAACUUUUGGCAAAAUUUGGUCCUUAAGUGUGCCUGUAUGGAAAGUUUGACCAAUUCAGCAAUUAUGAAACGAGAAUGUCAGUUACAGGUCUUUGCA